AUGUCGAAUUUAUCUGAAAUUAACACGACGGACUUACUCGUGAAAAUCGCCGAGUUACAAAAUGUUCAGGCGAGUCUUGUUCACUGGAAGGAAUACACAAACGCCAACAUUGAUCAUUUCUUUAGAAUCAGCCUCGCCAUCAUGAUUUUCUUGAUGCAGGGAGGGUUCGCCAUGUUGGAAGCCGGCUGUGUAAGAAGCAAGAACGCUACCAAUAUACUCAUCAAGAAUCUGCUCGACUCUUUCAUAGCAGGUUUCGCUUAUUGGUUGGUUGGUUACGCCUUUGCUCUCGGAGAGGGAAACACCUUUAUAGGACACACCUACUUCGCACACCACGAUUUAAAGCCAGAGUCUUACUCCCUUUGGUUCUUCCAUUACGUCUUUGCCGCGACUGCAGCGACAAUCGUUUCUGGUGCCGUGGCUGAGAGAUGUGACUUCAUCGCCUAUCUCAUCUACAGCUCUAUUAUAACAGGUUUUGUCUAUCCUGUAUUGGUUCAUUGGGCCUGGACACCAGAGGGUUGGCUCGCUCAGGGCUUCACGUACGACCAUAAUGGAGAAACACUGACCAUAUUCUACAGGGACUUCUCUGGCAGUGGUAUAGUUCACAUGUUAGCCGGCCUCUCAGCAUUUAUCGGAGCUAAGGCACUUGGUCCAAGAAUAGGACGGUAUGAUGACGUCACUGGUGAACCACGUGAUAUAAAAGGACAUUCAAUCCUGUUGGCUGCCCUUGGUGGAUUUAUCCUGUUGUUUGGGUUCCUCGCCUUUAAUGUCUCGGCCGCGGGAUCACUGUCCGGAGAAGGUCAAGGAGAACUUAUCUCAAAGAUUGUGGUCAACACCAUCAUGUCCGGCUCUGCUGGGGGUCUUGUCGCCAUGGUGAUUCAAUAUAUCAAAGGAGACUCCAAGUGGAAUUUUAGUACAACACUAAACGGAUCACUAUGCGCUAUGUGCGCUAUUUGUGGUUGCGUGGACAGUGUACCUACAUACAUAGCUGUGAUUAUAGGAGCAGUAGGUGGGGUGACAUAUAUCUUUGUCAGCUGGUUCGUCCUCUACAAGUGUCGAGUCGAUGACCCAUUGGACGCUGUAGCAGUUCAUUUCGGAGGUGGUUUUGCAGGAGUUGUGUGUGUGACACUUUUUCAGGAGAAGGUCGGGAUUAUUCUCCACUGGAAUAUUGAGUCUGGUUUGUCUCUAGCUUGGCAGUGUGUGGGGAUUCUGGCUGUAGUGACAUGGACUGGGGUUGUUUGUGGUGUCAUGUUCUACAGUAUGAAGGCCAUGAAGAUACUACGUGUCCCGUUAGAAUUCGAAGUGAAGGGUAUUGACAUACCAAAACACGGACAGAGUGCCUAUCCGGCGGAGGCGUACGGUGAUAGCUGGGGAUUGGAAACAAUAGACGAUGUUCAGGAACCUCCACAGAAAGAACAUCCUGACACAAGAAACAGAAAAACAAAUGAAAACAACAUGGAUGUCUCGAAUGGAUCCUUUGUAUCUGAUGUCACCGCAACGACACAUAUAUGA